AUGGGCGCCUUCCUUCCAUGCUUCAGGAGCUGUUUUGCAUCGCUGCUCUUGCUCCUAAUCUUCGCCGCACAUCCAUCUUCUCAAGCCUCCAACGCGACCGCGGAAUUGUCCACUGUUUGGAGCACCGACGGUUCGUAUAUGCUCUUCCGUUCCGGCCAGGAGUACUUCUUUUCUGCAACAUUCUACUCCUACUUCCAGGAGUACUUCUUUGCAAUAUGUGUCAAUGAUGUGGUCGUUUGGUCGGCCAACCGUGACCGCCCACUCCAGUGUGGUUCCACCCUCAACUUCACCGCCGACGGGGACUUGGUUCUUCGGGAUUCUGAUGGCAGCCUUGUCUGGUCCAGCAACACCUCCGGCCAAUCUGUCAUCGAAAUGAACAUCACCGAAUCCGGCAAUCUGGUUCUCUUCAACCAAAAGAACUUGCCAGUCUGGCAGUCGUUCGAUCACCCAACUGACGCUAUGCUUCCCCGGCAGCCAUUAAUGGAAGGGAUGAAGCUGACGCCCAGCAUCGACAAUGCCAGCUUCGCUGCCAGCAAUCAGUUCUAUCUAGCAGCUCAUCAUGCUAGCCUGCAAGCAUCUGAAGGGUCAACACACCAGAUCUACUACCAAAGCUCGGUAUACUAUGCAGGCAACGCGUAUGAUGAACCCACAUACAUCGUGCUCGUCAAUGGGAGCCUGUCCAUCUUCGCUGCCUCCUCUCCACCUUCAGACUCGAUCACAAAUGUUAGGAUCGACCUGCCUCAUGCGCGCUCGUUCCAGUACAUGAGGUUCGAGUCUGACGGAUAUCUCAGGCUGUAUGAGUGGGAUCAAAAUAACACCCGGUGGUUAUUCGUGUAUGACAUCUUCCAGCUAGAUUGCUGCAACUACCCAACUGUCUGGGGAAAGUACGGGAUCUGCAGGAAUGGGCAGUGCUUCUGCCCAAUUUCUGCAAAUGAUACCUCGUACUUCAGGCAGGCUGAUACCUGGAAUCAUAACCUUGGCUGCAUUGCAGUAGAUCCAAUUUCUUCUUGCCAGUCUGUUGCAGCUGCGAAAGAUAACCAGCUAGUAGCUCUCCCCAAUGUUUCCUACUUCAAUUACAAUGAUCCCGAUGCUGCAAUACCAAAUGACGAAGAGAACUGCAAGCAAGCCUGCUUGAGCAAUUGCUCUUGCAAGGCCGCAUUUCAUACUUUCCAGAAUGGUUCCGGUGGAUCUUGUUAG